GUGGUUGCUACGAUCGCACACAUACACAAGACUGUUGUGCAGUGUUACUCCGCGUGGACCAGCAAACUCCCCCUCUUUCUUCCCCGUUUUGCCAAUACAUUUGAUCAGUUCACCAGUUACCGAAAACUUUUGAAGUUUGUCCAGACUGCUAACAUAGACAUUGGCUGUGCUAUCAGUUGCUAUUCCCUUAGGUGCCACCAUCUCAUCUGGAUUUUGGCCAUAUGUUCCAAGGGUUCGAAUUUUCUUUCCACCGAUGUGAAACACAGACAAUCUAUGACCAUCACAUUCACUGACUACCAUCUCGUUGUGACUAUUGAAGAGACAGCCAGUGGUAGGGAGAACGGUCUACCAAAUGAAUCAGUCACUUCGACUGUGACGUGCGUUGGGUGGUUAACUGUUGCUGACGUCAGGCCAGGACCAUGGACAUGG